AUGGUGAUGGUCAAAACGCAAUAUUACGUAGGGAGCGUAAUAUUACCACUGAUUAUUUCAGUGAUACUCACAAGGGUGAACCUUUACCCGGAAGAACCUAAAGAGCUUGAUCUGCGCCUGAAUUUGCUUCGAAGCAAGCCAUCGGAGAAUUUGGUCUUCUGGCCUAUCAAUGUUGAGCACGCAUUCGCCAUUCUAGCGUCGGCUGCAGCUGGAGAAACGAGACGGGAAAUUCUCAAAAUGACGUCUCAAGACGAAAUCGCUAAAACUGCUCAACGAGUCAACUCAUUAAAAUUCCUUUCCACCCUCCAAAUGGACUCGAAAAUUUUCAUCUUCUUCAAGCCAAAAACUGAUUUUUGGAAGCCUAACUUUACUCAUUUUCAAGGCUACGUUGACUUCACGGAUCCGAAAACAGCGGAUGAGAUUAACUCCUGGAUCGCAAAAUCAACGAAGAAUAUGAUCGAUAAAAUGGUCGAUGCUACUGAUUUAGAUGCAUACACAAGGAUGAUUCUAGUCUCGGCGAUUUUCUUCAAGGGCUCUUGGCAAACACCCUUUCGAAGAACUUUCGAGGGCAAAUUUUAA